AUAUAGCGGCCCACAUAAAUAGUGUGUGCGCUCUCUCUCUCUCUUCUCAAAACACACACACACAGAGACAGAUUGUUCUGCAAUGGAGUUGGGCAGCAUUGUUGAGUUCCUGGAGAAUAGGUCCAUUCUUGUAACUGGUGCCACUGGCUUUCUUGCCAAGAUAUUUAUUGAGAAGAUACUUAGGGAACAACCAAAAGUGAAGAAGCUUUAUCUUCUUCUGAGGGCUGCAGAUACAAAUUCAGCCAUCCUGCGCUUCAACACUGAGGCAAUAGCGAAGGAUUUAUUCAGGGUUCUGAAAGAGAAAAAUGGGGGAAAUCUAAGUACACUUGUUACGGAGAAAGUAAGAGUUGUGGCUGGAGAUAUUACUUGUGAUUAUUUAGGUGUCAAAGACUCUCUUUUAUUCGACGAAAUGUUGGAACAACUCGAUGUUGUCGUUAACUUAGCUGCUAAUACCAAUUUCGACGAAAGAUAUGAUGUGUCACUUGGAAUAAAUACGGUGGGAGCUAAAAAUGUAUUGAAUUUCUCAAAAAAAUGUGACAAAUUGAAGGUGCUCAUUCAUGUAUCAACUGCAUAUGUAUCUGGUGAAAAGGAGGGGUUAAUAUUGGAAAGCCCAUUAAAAAUGGGGGAAACACUGAAUGGUACAUCUGGGCUGGACGUUGACUUCGAGAAGAAGUUGGUCAACGACACUCUCAAAAAGCUUAAGGCAGACAAUUGUUCAGAUGAUUUUAUCAAAUCAUCCAUGAAAGAUUUGGGAAUUCAAAGAGCAAGAACGUUUGGAUGGCCAAAUACAUACGUAUUCACGAAAGCAAUGGGGGAGAUGUUGUUAGGACAGCUAAAAGACAAAAUAGCUGUCGUAAUCAUUCGUCCUUCCAUUGUUACCAGCACUUACAAACAGCCCUUCUCUGGUUGGGCUGAAGGGGUCAGAACGAUUGAUAGCAUAGCUGUUGGAUAUGGUAAAGGAAGAUUAACAUGUUUCCUUGGUGAUCCCAAGACCGUAAUUGAUGCAGUCCCGGCAGACAUGGUGGUUAAUGCAAUGAUAGCCGCCAUCGUUGCACAUGCAAACGACGAUCAAGGAAACAUAACGGUGUACCACGUCGGAUCGUCCGUUUCGAACCCGUUUGAGUUAGGGUGGCUCCAAGAUUACGGGCAUCGAUAUUUCUCCAAGAACCCUUGGAUCAAUAAAGAAGGAAGGCCUGUCAUUGUUGGCAAAAUCAAAAUCUUAAACUCAAUGGAUGCUUUCCAUACAUACUUAGCCAUUCACUACUUACUCCCUUUGAAGGGUCUGCAGUUAGUAAACAUGGCUUGUUGCCAGUACUUCCAGGGAAUUUAUGUUGAUCUGUGCAGAAAGAUCAAGUACGUUAUGAGGCUGGUCGAGCUUUAUCGACCUUAUUUGUUCUUCAAAGGAUAUUAUGAUGAUAUGAAUUUAGAGAAGCUAAGAAGGGCAGUGAGAGAAAGUGGUGUGGAGAGAGAUUUCUAUUUUGACCCUAAAAUAAUUGACUGGGAUGAUUACUUCAUGAACACUCACAUCCCUGGAGCAGUAAAGUAUGUGUUCAAAUGAAUUAAGUAAUUUAUUAAUCUGCUUUAUUUAAUUUUGUAUAAUUAAGUUUCGUGUGGAAAAUUUAUAUGUAAUAAUUUAAUUUCUUUGAUGAAUUAUUUUAAUCGUUCUUUAGAAAAGCAGCUGGUGAAGAUGUAUCAAAUGUUAUUUAUAUUUUAAGUGAAUCAAUUUUUUUUAAGCUU